UACAUCACUCUCUAUAUCACCACCGUGAGUAAACAACAACAGCGAAAUGAACGUAGCAAUACCGCAGCCGCCACCUGAAACUAAAGGCGGCGGUUUAAAACCGCAUAUCAUGGUGUUUCCAUAUCCAGCACAAGGCCACUUGCUUCCUCUUCUCGACUUAACCCAUCAACUCUGUCUUCGUGGCCUCACAGUCUCCAUCAUCGUCACUCCUAAAAACCUUCCUUACCUCUCUUCUCUUCUCUCCGCUCAUCCAUCCGCCGUUUCCGUCGUUACUUUACCUUUCCCUCACCAUCCUUUGAUCCCUUCCGGCGUUGAAAACGUUAAAGACCUCGGUGGUUACGGAAAUCCCCUGAUGAUGGCUUCUCUUCGUCAGCUUCGAGAGCCUAUCGUCAACUGGUUAAGUUCUCAUCCCAAUCCACCGGUCGCUCUCAUUUCUGAUUUCUUCCUUGGAUGGACCAAGGAUCUUGGUAUCCCUCGCUUUGCUUUCUUCAGUUCUGGAGCAUUCUUAGCUUCGAUUCUCCAUUUUGUCUCGGACAAGCCUCAUCUCUUUGAAUCAACUGAGCCUGUCUGUUUAUCGGAUCUUCCUCGUUCCCCUGUUUUUAAAACAGAGCAUCUCCCGUCUUUGAUCCCUCAGUCUCCAUCAUCGCAAGAUCUCGAAAGUGUUAAAGACAGUACCAUGAAUUUUUCGAGUUAUGGUUGUAUUUUCAAUACUUGUGAGUGUUUGGAAGAGGAGUACAUGGAGUAUGUGAAGCAGAAUGUGAGUGAGAAUCGGGUUUUCGGUGUUGGUCCGCUUUCUUCAAUCGGGUUACGUAGGGAAGAUUCCGAAUCCAAUGUAGACGCAAAGGCGUUGUUGAGUUGGCUCGAUGGAUGUCCAGAUGAUUCAGUGCUUUACAUCUGCUUCGGAAGUCAAAAGGUAUUAACCAAAGAGCAGUGUGAUGCUCUGGCUCUAGGUCUUGAAAAUAGUAUGACCCGGUUCGUUUGGGUGGUUAAGAAAGACCCGAUACCCGAUGGGUUCGAGGAUCGGGUCGCAGGUCAAGGAAUGAUUGUUAGAGGGUGGGCUCCUCAAGUGUUUAUGUUGAGUCAUGUGGCGGUUGGCGGGUUUUUAAGUCACUGCGGAUGGAACUCGGUGCUCGAAGCAAUGGCUAGUGGAAAAAUGAUCUUGGCUUGGCCCAUGGAAGCAGACCAGUUUGUAGAUGCGAGGUUGCUAGUGGAGCAUAUGGGUGUGGCGGUUAGUGUAUGUGAAGGGGGUAAGACUGUGCCUGACCCGCAUGAGUUGAGUCGGGUCAUAGGUGAAACAAUGGGUGAGCGUGGAUGCGAGGCGCGUGCUCGGGCUAAGGAGAUGGGACAGAAGGCACAAGCUGCAACUGAAGCAGGAGGAAGCUCUACCGCUGAUUUAGAAAGACUUGUCAAAGAAUUGAGCUCUCUAUAAAGAUAUGAUUCUAAAUGAAUAAAGCAUUUUAAAAGGUUUAUCCAAUAAAAAAGUGUUUUCAUU